GAAGCAUUUGGGUGGGGUCCUCUCUUGGCUUAAACUUCGAGCUGCAAAUGGACUAACCAUCCCUUAUACAGGCUACAUAGUAGUUGACUUCCAGGUGGGGGGGGUUCGGGUCCCGAAUUGUGGGGUUGUGGUGGUAGAAGACAGCUAUUUGGGUGAAAAGAAGGCCAUCUUGGGCAUGAAUGUAAUUUCUGAGUGUUGGGAAGAACUGUUCCAAAAGCACCGACCACCUCUUAUAAAACGUCAGCCCCUUAGAAGGGCAUGGGAGGAUGUUUUUGCUGACUGCCAGCGUAUCCAAGCUGUUUCAGCUAUGGAGCCCUUGACCAGGGUAGCUCGUCCCGCCUGCCGAGCACCAGUGACUGUACCGGCAAACAGCGAGGUGAUGCUGUGGGCAAAGACAGCGCCUUGGCCCUGUGGGCCAAAAGUUUGCGCAAUGGUGGAGCCGUUCACCGAAGGCGGCAAUAUAGAGGUUGCACGGACUCUAGUGACUGUAGACCAGGGUAGAUUACCUGUGAGAGUAAGGAACUUGAAUCCCUUCCCUGUGAUCAUUAGUAGAUUUCAGAAGCUAGCCAAGGUCUGUUCGGUCAACCCAGAAAAUGUAAAAGGCUGCAAAGACGUUUCCCUUUGCGAGGUGAGCACAGGUGUUGUAGAGGUGGCAGUCAUUGAUGUUGGCGAGUGUCUGUCCGCGGUAGGUGGGGAAAACCACCCCCCUUGUAUUAAAGGGGAGGACCUCACAGAUGAGCAGCAGCAACAACUGGGGCAAUUACUUCAAAAAUGGAGUCAUGUCUUUGCCAGGCAUGAGGAUGAUUAUGGACACACUAGUGUUGUGAAACAUAGAAUCCCAACAGGUGGCGCAGAACCUAUCAAAGAGAGGUACAGGCCUGUUCCCCCCACUCUCUAUAAAGAGAUCCGCAGUCUUUUGCAGGGCAUGCUUGAGCAGGGCGUCAUUAGAGAGAGCAGUAGUCCGUGGGCUGCACCCAUAGUGCUGGUACAGAAGAAGUGCGGUGCCUGGCGUUUUUGUGUGGACUACAGAAAAUUGAACCGAGUCACUCAUAAAGACGCUUUCCCCUUGCCUCGAAUUGAAGAUUCCCUGACCAGUCUCAACCAAGCAGAUUGGUAG